AUGGACGCUCUGAAAAACGCUGGAAAAAUUAACAACGCCAAGGGAGAAGCCAAAAACCUUGGUCAGAAGCCUGAACAAGCCGCAAAGGGUGGUGUCGAAAACGCCAAGUCUGGUGCUAACAAGAACGUUCAAGACAUGAAGAAUGAACCUUCAAAUGCUGCCAACAAAGUCAAAGCUACUAGUGCCGGUGCUGGUGCUGGUGCCGGAGCUGGUACUGGUGCUGGUGCUGGAUCUGCAUCUGGUGCUUAUGGCAGUCCUCAACGCUCUGCUACCCAACAUGAACCUAGCCGUGGAUACUCUGGUGUUCACCGUGAACCUAGCACAAAGUCUAGCUAUGGUGGUUAUGAAGGAUCCCGUCCCGUCUCUUCUAGCGGCGGUGACCAACAAUAUACCAAUGUGAAGAUUACCGCAACUCAAAACAACAUUGAUGCCCUAACUGGUGCCCCUGUUCGAAUUGUCACCACCACCAAUGCCCGUAUUCAACCCGAUGACAAAUCUCUUCACGAAUUGCUUGAACAAAGACAACGUGCUUUGCGCGAGGCUCGUGAAGCCGAAGAAGAGCUUCGUCGUGCUCGUCAAUUUAAUAACCGUUCUAGUUCCGAAGCUGCUGGUCUUGAAGCUCGUGCCAGACAACGUGCUGAAGCUGCCGAACUCGCUUCGCAACGCGCUCGUGACGCUCAAGCCAAUAUUGAGCGCACUGCUUCUCUUAGAGAAAGACAGGCUCGUGAAGAAGCCGACCAUGCUCAAGCAGUUUUGCGUGAAGCUGAGUUGAAGCACCGUCUUGCUCAAAGAGCCGCCAACCGUGACGUUGCCAGAUCCAGAUUGGAUGUUGCUCUUAGAAACCAAGAAUUGUUGCAAGCUGACAGAGAAAGAAAGCUUUCUCACCAAAGAGCUAUCAUUGAUAGCGCCAAGGAUGACUUGGAUCGCGCCAACCACGACGCUGCUCUCGCUGAAGCUGAGAACAGAAAGAUUCAAUAUGAAUUCAGUGCUUUGCUCGCUGAAUUGGAGGAACGCAAUGAUACCACCCUCCGUACUGCUUCCAUCCGCGAGGCUGAAGCCAGAAACUUGGAAGUUCACAUGGAUGAUACUUUGAAGGAUGCCAAAAUGAGAAGCAGAAACGCUUCUGAACACGUUGACCGUCUCCGCAACGAAAACAGAGCUAAAUACGCUGAUAUGGACACUGGUGUCAACCAAGCUCGUAACGCUUAUGCUCAAUACGAGCAAAACAUUCCAAACAGACGUCAACAAUACGGUGCUGAGCUUGACGAUGCUGCUGAGGCCUUGAGAGCUGCUCAAGCCCGCUAUGAUGCUGCUAAGAGAAGAGUUGACCAAUUUGAAGUUGAAUCCCGUCAACAAUUGUCCCUUCUCCAAAACAGAAUCCGGGAUUCUGAAGAAGCCGCCAACCGAUUCCGUCUUGAAGCUGACAAGAGAGAUAAAGAGAUUCAAUCCAGUGUCACUCAAGCUUAUGACGCUGUUAAGGCAGCUGAGAAGCGUAAUGAAAAGAUUGCCGAAGCUGCUAGAGCCAAGGAAUUGGAAGCCAAGGAAUUGUAUGCCACAGCUCAAAGCAUCACUCAAGAAUUACAAACUAAGCGUGCUCAUCCUCCCUCUCCUGUUAGAGGAAACUACCAAGUCGAGAUUGAACGUGCUCAACAGCGCUACAAUACCGAAAAGUCCAAGUUGGGUCAAUUGGAUACUCGUGAACCUUCUGACAUCAACAGUGACGUUGAAGCCGCUAGAAAUGCUUUGAGAGAAGCUGAGAACAAUUAUGCCAGUGUUGAACGUGAAUAUAACUCCGUCAAAGGUUCCAACCAAAACUAUCAACCUACUACCUACUCUACUGAGCCUAUCGGAUCCGGCAGCUAUGGUCGCAACUACGAAUAUCAAAAGCCAGAGGAGAGUACUACUACAAGCCGUGGUGCCUCUCAAGCAUACCACUACCCAACUACCACUUCUGGCCCUACUACUACUGCUAAGAGCGCUGGUCCUGCUUAUGUAGAUGCUCCUAAUCCCAGCAGCGGUCCAUCAGGAUCUUACGCUGGUACUGGUUCUGGUACUGUUCCUGGAACUGCCCUUGGUGCAUCUAACAUUGGUGGCUCUGCUGGUGGUAACGGUGGCUAUGGUAGCAGCGGUCUCGAUGGUGUCAAGGGAACUCAGAAUAAGAGCGGCAGCAAUGGUUUCAAGGAUGACCUUAGCGACUCCGAUUCCGAGUCUGGUGGCAUCACAGGAAACAAGAGUGGCAAGAGCGGAAAGACUGGAAACUCUGGUCGUAGAGGCAGUGCCAGCAGCACAACUAGCCGUGGUGGAUUAAUGCAUAAUGUCAAGCAUGCAUUGGGCAUGGAGAAGUAA